AGCGGUGGAAAAGAGGUUAUCUCAGGCCCAAUGGCGACUGUGGUAGCAAGCGGCAGCGAUGGAAAAGAGCAAGGAGUCGAGACUUCCGUCACCUAUUACCGACUGGAGGAGGUGGCGAAGCGCAACUCCCCGAAGGACAUAUGGCUGGUGAUCCACGGGCGAGUCUACGAUGUCAGCCGCUUUCUUAACGAGCAUCCUGGUGGAGAAGAGGUUCUGAUGGAACAAGCUGGAGGAGAUGCAACUGAAAGUUUUGAAGAUGUAGGCCACUCCUCUGAUGCCAGAGAAAUGCUCAAGCAGUACUACAUUGGUGAUGUUCACCCGAAUGACCUUAAACCUGGAGGUGGGAGCAAGGAACCUCGGAAAAGCAAUACAUGCAAAAGCUACUGGUCGUAUUGGAUCUUCCCCAUCGUGGGUGCUAUUCUCUUAGGUUUUCUGUAUCGUUACUACAUGGCAGAGAACAAGUCCUCCUGAGAAGACCUUGUUGAAGUCUGGAAAGCAUUUCCACUUGGGAGCAAGAACUAGAGACUUACUUGGAGCCUGCAGCAGUGCCCUCUUCUUGAGUCCUGCCAUUUGUAUUCUUACCCCUUGGAACCCAGAUGGUUGGCCAGACAUCCACCUCAGCUCCACGGCCGUGUCCAAGUCAUUUCUCAAGAGCCUUACUCUCAAAGCACCUGCUCAUUUUUCUGUAUUCUUGCCUUUGUUUCCUCUCUUUACUCUUUUUCAUGAGCGCCUUUAUGUUUCAGAACUGUCUUCUAUGAUUACAGUCCACAUGUCAUUGUGGCAUUCCCUUUGGUAAAAUUGCCUGCUUUCCAGUACUUCGAAUGCACGUUAGACAUAUUUAACAGCGUGUCACAUUCUGGUUUGGAAGCAUUUCUUUUUCCCCUUUUCAAGUAAAUGUUCCUAUUUUUUAAAUUAUGACUUAAUUUUAUUAUUUAUCAUAAGAGGUUUUAAUUCAUGGCAUCAGAUUGCACAUCUGUGACUUAAAACACAACUGCAAAAUUAUCCUUUUCCUUGUUUGUAAUUGUUAAAACUGACCAAGUGUAGCCAGGAGCCCUUGCCACCCUCUAAGGCAUCAGAUAGUGGUGCUGGAUAGAACUCUGCUUCCCUUUUGUUCAUUGGGAGUGGAGAGAAACAGGGAGAGGGAGAGAUGAAUUAGGAUGAUAGAGUGAAUUCAUAGUAAUCUUUCUUUUGAAAAAUAUUGA